GGAUGGCUAGCACAGUUGACAGACCCGUCAGACAUGGAAUGCUGACAAAGCGCAGCAUCAGUAAGAGCAAGACCACUUUCAAUGCUAAGUUCCAAGAAAGGUGGUUUGUUUUGACGGACAAGACUUUGACUUAUCACACUCCUAAUGGACACUCGGAGAAAGGUCGUAUCAGCGUGGACUGCAUCAGAUGUUGUGAACUUGUAGAAGAAGAGACCUUUAACAGACCCCGCCUAUUCCAGGUGGUAUACUCAGACAAGGAGAAGCUAAGAGCUCUUUAUCUACAAAGUGAUACUAAACAGACACAAGAAGAGUGGAUACAGUGCAUACGACUAGUGUCAGAGAAGUCGUGCCCUGAGAGAAUGUUGAGUCACUAUCACAGUGGAGCGUACAUUAAGAAGAAGUGGAGCUGCUGUCACAAGACUGAGAAACAUUACGACUCAGGUUGUGAGAACACAUACGUGUGCGAUAGGAUAUCAGACAUGGGCAUAGACCCGAGACGAGCCAGCAUGGAAGCAGAAGCAAGGCGGGCUAGCAACGCAGCAGACCAACAACGACACACCAUAAAGCGGAAACUGUCCCUGCAAAACAUGAUGCACUCACUGAAGCUGGACAAAUCAGAUAAAACGGACAGUCUAACUCACACCAAGUCUAUCAGCUCAGAGACCCACGAGGAGGAAGACGUGUUCUCAGACGGAGAACUCAGUGAUGACGAGGGUGGCUCCUUCAAAACUAAACACAGCCUUGAUUCCAGUGGUAACAGUCCCAGAUAUUAAACUUUUCAAAUGGCAAAAGUGCCCGAUAUAGAUUCUUUUCUGAUUCUUUUUUGAGGGACUUUUGACGAAAAUUUGUUCCAGCUCCAUUCAGACUCGCACUUCAUGACUUCAGGACACUGACAAGCUGAUCUGACAAGGUCCGGACAUUCAAACCAUGUUAUUUCGCUGAAGAAUUAUUUUAAGUAUUUUAGAUAUAUAAAGUUUAUGAGUCCGUGGUUUUUACCUAGGGCAGAGUUAUAGGUUAGUGAAGAAGUCGGUAUAAAAGUCAUGGUGACCAAUCUAAAUAUAGAUCAGCCCUUUUCCCCCUCUAGCUCUUUUUAUACCGAUUUUGCCACCACCGUAUUAUUACACACCUGUUUGUACUAUUUCUAUUGUAAAACUUUAUUACACGCUGUUUUUAGAACUUAUAUUCUGAACUUCAUUAUGGCAUUCUGCUUCACAGUUAAACUUUAAACUUUAUUAGAUAUAUCUUAAAUCUUUACCUAUUAAUUUUAAAAUUAUUAUCUUAUGAAAUUAAAUGAAAUAAUGUGCUUGUAUACCGCCCAUAUGGUUAGCAACUGACACAAAUGUCAGGUACUAACCAUGUCAGAGCGGUUCUAAAGGGUGAGGUGAAAAUAUCCUGCAACAAACAACUAAAUCAUCUCAAAAAUUAAAUCUAUUCAGAAAAAUAUCACUUUUAUUAUAUCAUAUAGCAAUCAUAUGAAGAUUUAUCCAAACAUCUAAUUUAAGUAAGUUUAACUGUGGUGCAGCUACUUUUUUCUUUCUAAAUACCUUUUUACACAAAAGAAAUGUGUAAACUUGUUAACACAUUCUUUACGAUCCUCAGCUUUAAUGUUAUUAAUUUCUUACAGCACGAGAAAAACAUUCCUGCAAUGACCACCGCUUGUUUCUUUAUAUUAUUGUAGCCGUUAGCUAAGAUUCACUUAUCCAAAUCACCCAUUAUUUGUCUAAUUUUAUACAGUUAUUAUUUGUCACUCUGACACUGGCUAUUUAAUUUUAAUUUUAAGAUAUAUCCUUUAUUUCAUCAGUAUGUAUGUCGAAUGUUGAACUUUAAUAUAAAUAUUAAUUGUCAAUCGUGUGCCUCUGUACUGAUCCAAGACGGAGAAGAUAAGUUGACAAUUGACAUGUGAUUGUUUAAUGUUUGUAUACAUGUAGUUGUACCGUUACCGUGAACAGAUUUAAAGUUGGCGUUUAUUUUUGCGACCAGCACAUGUCCGGAUAUUAUUUAAAAUUCUAAUUUCAAAUGUUUCCCUAUAAACACGAGUAUUAUGACGGAUAUACACUUACUGCAACUGUGAAAAGAGGCUGACAUAGUUGAAGUUCUUGAAAGAUUUGGGAACUUGGAAUUGUGAGGGAUGGGAAAAGGGUCCACUUGUAAACCCCACACAAUCAUUUUCAGAUCCAGUCAAUUAGCAAUUCAGAUAAUCAUAUAUUGCAUAAUUUCUUAUUCGACCAGUAUUUCGGCUAAAAUAA